AUGGGGGCAAAAAGGCCUUGGAUCCAACUCCAGAAACUUCUCAGCUCGUGUGUCAGAGAACAAGACUGGGACCAGCACUUGGAUCAGCUUCACAUGCUACAGCAGAAGAGUAUACGGGAGUCUCCACUGCUUAGAGCAGCUAAGGAAAAUGACCUGUGUACACUUAAGAGACUUCAACUUGACCAGAGCUGUGACUUCCGACAAAGAGCUCUGGGGCAGACAGCCUUGCAUGUAGCAGCCCUCUAUGACAACCUGGAUGCUGCCAUCAUGCUGAUGGAGGCUGCUCCAUACCUGGUCACAGAGUCUACACUGUGUGAGCCAUUUGUAGGUCAGACUGCACUACACAUCGCAGUCAUGAACCAGAAUGUAAACCUGGUCCGUGCCCUGCUUGCCAGAGGUGCCAGUGUCUCCGCCAGAGCUACAGGCUCUGCCUUCCACCGAAGUCCCCACAACCUUAUCUACUAUGGAGAGCACCCUCUGUCCUUUGCUGCCUGUGUGGGCAGCGAGGAGAUUGUCAGGCUGCUCAUUGAACAUGGAGCUGACAUCCGGGCCCAGGACUCCCUGGGAAAUACAGUGCUGCACAUACUCAUCUUGCAGCCCAACAAAACUUUUGCCUGCCAGAUGUACAACCUGCUACUGUCCUAUGAUGGAGGAGACCACCUGAAGUCCCUGGAGCUUGUGCCCAACAACCAGGGACUCACCCCCUUCAAGCUGGCUGGGGUGGAAGGCAACACUGUGAUGUUUCAACACCUGAUGCAGAAACGGAAGCAUAUCCAGUGGUCAUGUGGGCCACUAACAUCUUCCCUCUAUGACAUCACAGAGAUUGACUCCUGGGGCGAGGAGUUGUCCUUUCUGGAGCUUGUGGUUUCCUCCAAGAAGAAAGAGGCUCGCCAAAUUCUAGAACAGACCCCUGUGAAAGAGCUGGUGAGCCUGAAGUGGAAGAAGUAUGGACAGCCUUACUUCUACCUCCUGAGUGCUCUCUACGUCUGCUACAUGAUCUGCUUUACCAUGUGCUGUGUUUACCGUCCCCUCAAGUUCCGAGACACCAACCGAACACAUUCUCGAGACAACACCAUCAUGGAACAGAAAACACUGCAGGAAGCAUAUGUAACUUACCAGGAUCAUACCCGGCUGGUGGGGGAGCUGGUGACAGUCACUGGAGCUGUGGUUAUUCUACUUCUGGAGAUCCCGGACAUCUUCAGAGUUGGUGCCUCUCGAUACUUUGGACAGACAGUUCUUGGAGGACCAUUCCAUGUCAUCAUCAUCACCUAUGCUUCCCUUGUGCUGGUGACCAUGGUGAUGAGGCUUACCAAUGUGAAUGGGGAGGCUGUGCCCAUAUCCAUGGCACUGGUGCUGGGCUGGUGUAGUGUCAUGUACUUCGCCCGAGGAUUCCAGAUGCUGGGCCCCUUUACAAUCAUGAUUCAGAAGAUGAUUUUUGGAGACUUACUACGCUUCUGCUGGCUUAUGGCUAUGGUCAUCAUGGGAUUUGCCUCAGCUUUCUAUAUCAUUUUCCAGACAGAGGACCCAGAAAGUCUGGGGGAAUUCUCCGACUACCCCACAGCGCUGUUCAGCACCUUUGAGCUCUUCCUCACCAUCAUCGACGGCCCUGCCAACUACAGCGUGGACCUGCCCUUCAUGUACAGCCUCACCUAUUUUGCUUUUGCUAUCAUCGCCACACUGCUCAUGCUCAACUUGUUCAUUGCCAUGAUGGGUGACACUCACUGGCGAGUGGCCCAGGAGAGGGAUGAGCUCUGGAGGGCACAGGUUGUGGCCACCACAGUGAUGCUGGAGAGGAAAAUGCCUCGUUUUCUGUGGCCUCGAUCUGGGAUCUGUGGUUGCGAGUAUGGCCUGGGGGACCACUGGUUCCUACGGGUUGAGCACCACCAUGAACAGAAUCCUUAUCGAGUACUUCGCUAUGUGGAAGCUUUCAAAUCUUCAGACAAGGAGGAGGCACAAGAGCAGCUCUCUGAGAAACAGCCUUCUGGGACUGAGACUAGAACUUUAGCUAGAGGCUCUGUGGUCCUGCAAACACCUCCUCUGUCCAGGACUACAUCCCUAAGCAGCAGUAGCCACCGUGGCUGGGAAAUUCUCCGUCGAAAUACCCUGGGACAUUUGAAUCUUGGGUUAGACCUUGGUGAGGGAGACGGAGAAGAGAUCUACCAUCUCUAA